AAUUUCAUUGCUUUUCCCUCCUUCACCUUCUUUCGUUGUUCUCUGUCUGUAACUAACUUGUCCUUUAAGUCUCUCUCCUCUCUCUCUCUCUCUCUCUCUCUCUCUCUCUAGAAUUUCUUCUUCCACUCUCUGCAAAAGUCUAGGGUUUCUGAAUCCUCUGUGCUUCCUCUACACCUUCAUCAUCAUCUUCUUCCUCACGAGAUGACGAGCAUGGAGAGUUUGAUCGGUUUGGUGAACAGAAUCCAGCAGGCCUGCACCGUGCUCGGCGACUAUGGCGGCGACGCCGAUAACAACGCCUUCUCUUCUCUAUGGGAAGCUCUUCCUUCUGUCGCCGUCGUCGGCGGUCAGAGUUCGGGUAAGUCUUCGGUUCUGGAAAGCAUCGUUGGACGUGACUUUCUUCCUAGAGGAUCAGGAAUUGUGACGAGGCGUCCAUUAGUCUUGCAGCUUCACAAGGUUGAUGGCAAAGCGAAGGAGUAUGCAGAGUUUCUUCACAUGCCAGGGAAAAAGAUCACUGAUUAUGCUUUUGUUCGCCAGGAGAUUCAGAAUGAAACUGAUAGAGUAACGGGGAAGACAAAGCAAAUAUCUCCUGUUCCAAUUCACCUUAGCAUUUACUCUCCACAUGUUGUCAACCUAACUUUGAUUGAUUUACCUGGAUUGACUAAAGUUGCUGUAGAGGGACAGCCUCAGACUAUUGUUGAAGACAUUGAAAAUAUGGUUCGGUCUUAUGUUGAGAAGCCUAAUUGUAUUAUACUGGCAAUAUCUCCGGCGAACCAGGACAUAGCAACUUCGGAUGCUAUUAAGCUUUCGAAGGAGGUGGAUCCCUCUGGUGAGAGGACAUUUGGAGUGUUGACAAAACUGGAUUUAAUGGACAAAGGAACUAAUGCAUUGGAUGUCCUUGAAGGAAGAUCUUACCGUCUGCAACACCCCUGGGUUGGUGUAGUAAAUAGAUCCCAAGCAGAUAUCAAUAAAAACGUUGAUAUGAUUGUUGCUAGGCGUAAGGAGAGUGAGUAUUUUGAAACCAGUCCUGACUAUGGACACUUAGCCAAUCAAAUGGGUUCCGUAUACCUUGCAAAGCUUCUCUCACAGCAUUUGGAGUCAGUAAUUAGGGCACGAAUACCCAGUAUAACAUCUUUGAUAAACAAAACAAUUGAAGAACUUGAAUCAGAGAUGAAUCAGAUUGGGAGACCAAUCGCUCUUGAUGCUGGGGCUCAACUAUACACCAUCCUAGAACUAUGCCGCGCAUUUGAUAAGAUAUUCAAGGAGCAUUUAGACGGAGGGCGAUCAGGUGGAGAUAAAAUCUAUAAUGUCUUUGAUAAUCAGCUUCCUGCUGCGUUACGGAAGCUUCCAUUUGACCGUCAUCUAUCUCUUCAAAAUGUAAGGAAAGUGGUAUCAGAGGCAGAUGGUUACCAGCCUCACUUAAUUGCCCCAGAGCAAGGUUACCGUCGCCUGAUCGAGGGAGCUCUCAGCUACUUUAGAGGCCCUGCUGAAGCUUCAGUUGAUGCAGUUCACUUUGUCUUGAAAGAACUUGUGAGGAAAUCAAUAGCUGAAACUCAGGAACUAAGACGUUUCCCAACUCUUCAAGCCGAACUAGCUGCAGCUACAAAUGAGGCUUUAGAGAAGUUCCGUGAAGAGAGUAAGAAGACAGCUAUUCGACUGGUCGACAUGGAAGCUUCGUAUCUCACUGUGGAGUUCUUCCGGAGACUUCCUCAAGAAAUGGAGAAAGCCGGAAAUCCAGCUAAUCAAGCUACCCCCAAUGAGGAUCGAUAUGGAGAAGGACAUUACAGGAGGAUUGGAUCAAAUGUGACUUCCUAUAUUGGUAUGGUGUCAGACACUCUCAAGAACACUAUUCCAAAGGCUGUGGUUUUUUGUCAAGUCAGAGAAGCAAAACUAUCAUUGCUAAACCAUUUCUACACACAAAUAGGGAAGAAAGAGCCUAAACAGCUAUCCCAGUUGUUAGAUGAAGACCCUGCCUUGAUGGAGAGGAGGCAACAAUGUGCCCAAAGGCUUGAACUGUAUAAAGCAGCAAGGGAUGAAAUUGAUUCUGUUUCCUGGGCACGAUGAUCUCGGUUGCCAUGGGACUUUUUUAGAGUCUAUAUUAUUUGAGUUUUCAGGUUUGUAUAUUCAUUGACAUUAAAAACAAAAUAAGCUUUGUAUAUUCAUUGACAUUAAAAACAAAAUCAUAGGAUAGAUGGAGCUAAUUGUUGUUUCUUAUCCCAGGAGUUUGUACAUGAAAAGAGGUCACAAACUAUAUUAUUUUAUUAAAAA